UCCUUUGUCCCUCUGGGUCUGUGCCCCGUCUAUACUGCCCAGCCAGGAGGGCAUGGCCCAACGGUUUCCUAGGCCCCUCGGCUUGUCUCCCGCAGAGCCCCGGAGGUGUCCAAUUCUGGCAACGGAGUUGAACCGGCAGACCCCUCGAAAGCAGACGAAGCUGUGAUCCUGGCGCCUUGGACCCCCUGGUCUCCUUGGGAAUGAAGGUCAUCGGGGUUCUCAUGGUUUUUGCCUCCUGCCUGAUGGCCUCCACUCACAGCAGCUUCUGGCAGUUUCAGAGGAUGGUCAAACACAUCACAGGGCGGAGCGCCUUCUUCUCAUAUUACGGAUAUGGCUGCUACUGUGGGCUAGGGGGCAAAGGGACCCCCGUGGAUGACACUGACAAGUGCUGCCUGGAGCAUGACUGCUGCUACGAGAAGCUGAAGCAACUCGGCUGCCAGCCCGUGUUGAACAGCUAUCAGUUCCACAUCGUCAACGGCACCGUGGUCUGUAAAUGUGCCCUUGGUCCUGGUGUCGGCUGCCUCUGUGGGCUGAGGGCCUGCGAAUGUGACAAGCGAUCUGCCUAUUGCUUCAAAGCGAGCCUGCCCACCUACGAGAAAAACUUCAAGCAGUUCUUCUCGAGCCGGCCCCGGUGUGGCAGGCGUAAACUCCAGUGCUAGCGAGGCCAUGGGGUCCCCUUGUCGGUCAGCGGUCAGCAUCGGCUCUAGUAUCACUUCCGGGAAGCCUUCUCCCCUCAGCACAACAGCUCACUCUCCAACCUGAGGUACUCCUUUGUCACUCGGCAUCAGAGGGCUGGAACUCAUCAUAGAAAGGACAAAAUCCUGGCAUUCUAUGGAGGGAGACAGACCCUGAGUAUAUACAUAAAUAAAUGCUGCAUUCCCAUAGUAGUAAAUGCUGGGAAGUGAUAAAACCAGUGUAGAGAGAUGGCCCCAUCCUCCAUCCCAGCAAGUUUCCAGGAGGAGAAAAGCCCCAGGAUCGAUACCAAACUCUCCCUCCACCCCCACCCCAAAUCAGGGUGCAGGCAGACUUGGGGACCUGGCCCACAAUCCAGAUCCAGCUGGGAGCAAAGCAGAAAUCCUGGAGAAUGAGGUCUUGGCACACACACCAAGGACCCGAGAGUCACACUUGCAGUUUCUUUCUCAUGAGCUCAAUUUCUGCCUUCUGAAAACCCUCAGGUGGGAGCAAAUUGAUGCCAUUUUCACCUCUCAGGAGACAGAGCUUGAGAACUUCAGCAUCCACUGCUGCCAUGUGGAUGUCCUGGCCGGGAAGAUGCCAAAGAGAUGGAGAAAGAGG